AUGCGGAAUGCUCACUUUGACAAGAUUUUGAUAGCGAAUCGAGGAGAGAUUGCAUGUCGUGUCAUUCGCACAGCGAGGAAACUCGGUAUUAAGACAGUCGCGGUCUACUCUGAUGUCGACGCGAACUCAAUGCACGUCCAAUUGGCCGACGAAGCGUACUGCAUUGGACCCGCACCUUCGGCUGAGAGUUAUCUCCGCAUGGACAAGAUUGUAGAUGCCUGCAAACGCAGCGGCGCUCAGGCAGUGCAUCCCGGCUAUGGUUUCCUGAGCGAGAAUGCGAAGUUCGCAGAACUGCUUGCAAAGGAGGGUAUCGUCUUCAUCGGGCCUCCUGCUAGCGCCAUUGUUAGCAUGGGAUCCAAGAGCGAGUCUAAGAAGAUUAUGGAGAAUGCUGGCGUUCCCGUCGUUCCUGGAUACCAUGGCGAGAACCAAGACCCUGGUUUCUUACUUGAGCAGGCCAAGAAUAUUGGAUUCCCUGUCCUCAUCAAGGCUGUUCAUGGAGGAGGUGGCAAGGGAAUGCGAACUGUUUUUUCAGCUGAUGCCUUCCACUCAGCUCUCGAGUCCGCGCAGCGCGAGUCGCUGAAAUCUUUCUCUUCGCCCGCGGUCCUCGUUGAGAAGUUCGUCACUACUCCUAGGCAUGUCGAGGUACAAAUAUUUUCAGAUGCGCACGGCAACACGGCCUGUCUCUGGGAGCGCGACUGCAGCGUACAACGCAGGAAUCAGAAAAUUAUCGAGGAAGCACCUGCUCCCGGACUCAGCGAGGAAGUAAGGGGCAGGCUUGGUGAGAAAGCUGUGGAAGCUGCUCGCGCCGUCGGCUACAGAGGCGCUGGAACGGUUGAAUUUAUCUUCGACUGUGACAACGGAGAAUUUUACUUCAUGGAAAUGAACACCCGUCUUCAGGUCGAACAUCCCGUCACGGAGAUGAUCACCGGAUUGGAUCUGGUGGAAUGGCAACUCGAGGUAGCAGCUGGUAAUCCGUUGCCCCUGAAGCAGUCCCAAAUUCCGCUAGUUGGUCACGCUUUCGAGGCGCGCAUAUACGCAGAAAACCCUCGUAAAGACUUUCUACCUGACUCUGGCAAUGUUGUACAUCUUUCCACUCCGGAGCCUACGCAUAUCUUUGCACCUCCAUUGCCAGCUGCAGACACGCGCCUCGAACAGGGCUUUACUGCUCCGGGCACGAUCGGAGUGUUCUAUGAUCCAAUGAUUGCGAAGCUGGUGGUGCAUGCUUCGACACGAAAUGAGGCCUUGCGUGUCCUUCGUAAGGCAUUGGAGGAGUACAGGGUCGUUGGUGUUAACACCAAUGUUGAGUUUCUGAGAGCACUUGCAGGCCACGAAAGCUUUGAGAAAGGGGAUGUGGAGACUGGGUUCAUUAAGAGACACUACGAUAGUCUUUUCCCUGUAAUCUCCGAGCCAUCUUCGGAAGUGUUGGCUCAGGCAGCUCUCUUCAUAGUCCUCCGUGACCAUCCAGUUCCAACGCCAAGCGCGUUGAGCUCGCCAUGGACAGCGCUCGCUUCUCGACGCUUUGGAGGGGACGUCUAUGACCGGGCCAUCACCUUCGAGAAUGCUCAAGAUGCUGCAGAGGGAGCAGAAGGCGAGGUCGAAGUGAAGGACUCGGAGCGGAUCACCGUUCGCGUCAAGAGUCUCAGUGGUGGUCUCUUCGACGUCCGCGUCAAGACCACCCAAGGCGAGAAAGUAUACAACGAUGUCAGCGCGCAGCUGCUUUCACCCACUACCCUCUCGUCCACUCUUGACUCGAAGUCGCUUCGAACGACGAUUGUGUCGCAGGCACCGCCGCCAUCGUUGCCUGCUUCCCGAGCACCCAACGCAAACGAACGUCUGCACGUCUUCUCAUCAGACGGCUCCUGUUCGGGUCUAAAGACCACGCUCGUCGUACCCUCGCCGAACUGGCUCAUAUCGCUGGGCUCGGAUGUCCUGUCCGCAUCAUCUGGUGGGGCAACUAUCAAGGCACCAAUGCCGAGUGUUGUCGUCGAGGUGAAAGUUCAGGUCGGGCAAAUGGUCGAGAAGGGCGACCCAGUCGUCGUUCUGGAGAGUAUGAAGACGGAGACCGUGUUGAGGGCAAGGAAGAGCGGUGUUGUCAGAAGUGUCGGGUGCGCUAAGGGCGAGAUGGUUCCUGAGGGCAAGGUCUUGGUUGAUUUCGAGGAAGAGGCGAAGUAG